GGCUAUAGUAAAUAUGUGAGUAAUCAAGAAGACUAAAAUGGCAUCUGGAGAUCCAGAAAAUCGGAUACAUCUAUUCCGUUUGCAAAUUCUUAUAAUAGAUGGAGGCCUGCUUGUAUUGAGAAGUAUACUUGAUCAGACCAUAGCUGCCCAAGGCCUUACUUUAAAGACAUGUCUUAAAAAUGAAGGGUCAAAAAUUACAAAAUUGCAUGGCAACAACGUUAUCACCCAGGAUCAAUAUGACCUAUUGUUCCCAAUGGGUGGUCAAGACCCAACUACGGCAGAUAUGGACAUUACGCUUAUCAGUUGCCUUCUUGCAAACCUUAAAUGUUUCGGAUUGAAUAAGAAAUUUAAAUGGAAUGCGACACCUGCAGAAUCCGAUUUAACAGUUGAGGCAGAUAUAUGUCGUUUGAGAAAUUUCCGGAAUAAAAUCUGUCAUAUGUCAACAACAACUGGAAUAGAACAAAGUGAGUUUACAACUUUGUGGAAUGAAAUCGAGCAGAUACUUAUUAGACGAAGCACUGCAGGUCUUAAUAUGCAUCAAACAAUUGCCGAUUUCAAGUCGUGUUCUCUUGAUCCAGAGGAAGAAAGAAGGAUGAAGGAAGAAAUAAAGAAAUGCGAGGACUAUGAAGCAGAUGUUGAUCGGCUAAAACAGGAAAUGGGAGACGUAAAAGAAAAUUUUACCGAACUGCAGAAAAACUUUGAUGACGUAAAAGAAAAUGUUACUAAAGUGAACAGAGACCUUUAUGACGUAAAAGAAAAUGUUAAUGAAGUAAAGAGUGACCUUGGUGAUGUGAAAGAAAAUGUUACUGAAAUUAAGAGUGACCUUGAUGACGUGAAAGAACAUGUUGCUGAAGUAACGGGUCACCUUGAUGACGUGAAAGAAAAUGUUGCUGAAGUAAAGGGUCACCUUAAUGACGUUAAAGAAAAUGUUAUUGAAGUAAAGAGUGACAUGGACUGCGUGAAAGAAAAUGUUAUUGAUGUAAAGAGUGACACGGAUGUCGUAAAAGGAACUAUUAUAAAAGUACAGGAAGACCUUAAAGAGGUCAAAAGACCACAACAGACAGAGAAUAUAAGACGAUCAACUCAAAAGACGAAAGUACCUGUCAGACUUGAGGAUCAUGACCAACCGUCGCUACGUAAUAGGCGGCCGACAACUAUACCAACGGAAGGCACACAGAUAAUGUCUUCGAUUGGUACACUACCACCAAGGCCACAUUCAUCUACGCCAGGAGCGCCUACACCUCCGGCUGAGCCACCUUCACCCACGCCAAUGGCACCUCCACUUCUUCCUACGCCACAUACACCCAAAACAAUAUCUCCUUCACCUACGACAAUAGCACCAACACUCACGAUAAGGGGACCUACACCCACGCCAAGGGCUACUACACCCACGACUACGCCACCUAUAUCCACACCAAGAGCACCUACACCCACACCAAGGGCUACUGCACCUCUGGCUACGCCACCUACACCCACACCAAAGGCUCCUACACCUCCGGAUACGCCACCUACACCCGCACCAAGAGUGCCUUCACCUCCUGCUAGGACUCAUACACCACCGCCUGUGACACCCAUACAACAACAAGAGGAUAUGGCGCAGCAACUGGCAAAUGAACAAGAACUAGAAAAUGAGGUUUGGCGAAAAGUCUUUGAUCAAAGCACGAGGAAGCUUAAAACAUACCUCAUCCCCGAUGGAAUCAUUGACCUGGAGACAAGGUUCGAAUUAUUUUCCUUAACUGACAGACGGGACAUAAAGGUAUAAUAUCAAAUAUUUUUAUGAUAUGCUUCAUUACAUAUUGUCUUGGUAUUUUAAAU